UUCACACAAAUGGUUGCCGCGGUCCGCUUCAUUCACGCACAGAAGAUCGUGCACUUUGACCUGAAUAAACCCGGCAACUUCGUACGCAAUCCAAAUGGAUCGCACAGAAUAAGUCUUGUCUUAUUGCAAGUAGAAGAACUGUUCUCAACUUUCAAAAUGCAAUUUGUCAUGCUAGGUUGGCGACUUCUAGGUAUAAAAAUUAUACAUCGAUUUGUCAUGCAUGGUUCUACUUGCAAUGAGUAGCAGUGCGGUACUUUUGCGCAGCAUACUUUCUGUUGUUCGACAAUCGGACCAAGGUGAAGCUGUCCGACUUCGGGCUCGCCAGGGUGCUGGAACCGAACAAAACCCACAUUAGCAGGCACGGCCACUGCGGGACGGUUCUGUACAUGGCCCCGGAGGCCUUCCACCAGGGCGAGCAGUACGAGUCCAGUAUGAAAAUGCGGCCGGAGACGGAUAUUUGGUCGUUGGGGAUAAUCCUUUACGCGAUGAUCUACGGCAAACCGCCGCACGCGCACCUCUACACGCACCGGGGCGGGGCCAGUCUAUGCAGGAAAAAAUAA